AUGCAGUCGCUGACGGGGGAGGGCCUGGCCACCGCCCUGCGUGACGUCCCCGCCUUUUUCUUCGACGAGGGCUUUGACUUCGAUUCGCCGGACCUCUGGCGGGCCGUGCCUGACCCCGCCGACCCCGUGGCAGGGGUGCAGUUUCUGGAGACCCUGGCGCAGUACCUGGUGCUGGGCGUGCUGCGCGGCGCGCUGACCACGCCAGGUUUGCGCCGCUUGCACUGCCUCCGUGGGCUGCCGGAGCGCUGCGCCGCCACGGCCGCCGCCGUGGACGCGUGCCUGGUGGCCGACGCCGUCGCGCUGACCACGCUGCGCGACCUGGAGAGCGUGACUGCGCAUGCCGUGGCCAGGUUCCGCGAGGUGCGCGGACCGGUGGCGGCGCCGACAGGGCAGCGGGACGGGGCACGCACGGGGCCUGCAGCGGGGCCCCCUGCUCGGACGCUGGACGAGUGCCUGGCGGAGGCGGAGGCGGACCCGCGCCUGGCGGCACCGCCCGCGCCGGCCCUCCAUUCCCUGGCGGCGGGCCUGGUGAGGGCGGGGCGAGUGGCAGAGGCCGUGCGCGCGCAGGGCGAGGCGGCCUGCGUCUCGCUGGGCGCGGUGCUGAGGCACGCCACCGCGGGCUGCUUGAGUGCUGCUUUGGCCGGCAGCGCGGGGGAGUCCAGCCCGCCACCGGCCGCGCACGACUCCUCAGAGGAGGACGUGGCGGCCCCCGCAAUCCCCGCCGCGCUCUGCAAAGCUCUGCCCGCCGAGGACCCGCUGGCGAGCGAGGAGGCGCUGGUGGGCGUGUAUGCGCUCCUGGCCUCCUCCCAGCUCAUGCUGGGCCUGGUGGCCGGGGCGGGGGUGCCCGGCACCAGGGUCCAGGCCAUGCUGCGCUCCACCGCCAUGCGCCACUGCCGCGCGCUGCUGGAAAGCAUGCACGCCCGCCAGGUGGCGCGCCUGUCGCACCUGCUGGAUAGGGAGGUCUGGUCCCAGGCGGCUGUCCCGCCCAGCACCCAGCGCAUCGUGGAGCUGCUGGAAAGCGAGGCGCAGCGCCUGCAGGGCGGCAGCGAGAGGGGCGGUGCCGAGCAGGAUGGGAGGGAGCAGUCGGAAGGCCUGGAGGAGCUGGCCGGCGAGCCACGCGAGGGUGGCACUGGCGAUGCGACCGGUGCCGAUGGCUCCCAAGAAGCCUCAGAACCGACGGCCGACGAGCGCCGGGAACCACCUGGACCCCUCGAAGCGACAGUGCCUGCGCCAGCAGAAGCCAGCCCCAGCCCUUACCCCCCGCUGCAACAGCACCGGAGCCCGGCGACGCCCCCGGCCUCCCCACCGCGGUCCCCGCCCACCCUCACCGGGCUUCCGCCCCGCAGCCCGCCGUCGCCCGCCCCCCGCAGCACGAGCGACGCGCAGCGCUCGCCACGUGCGCAGCGCACCCAGAUCGCGAUCCCCGGCCUGCUGCUCAGCCCCGGCGCCACGGGGCGCUCCCCCGGCUCGGCCACCGCCUCGCCACGCGGCCCUGUGCCGCGCAAGUUCACCAUCACCGUGCCCGACAGCCACACUGCGCUGGCGGGCGGGCGGGGUGCCGCGGCGGGUGCCGACCCCAGCGCCACACAGCCGCCCCCCGCCCCGACGUUGGCCGUGUCUGGCGAGGCCUUCGCCUGCGCGGGCGCGGCGCUGGCGCUGGUGCGCGCGCUGGGGGAGUACGCGGAGGUGGCUGCUGCGGCGCCGGGCGUCUGCCCCGAGGCCGGGCAGCGCGCGCUGGAGCUGCUGUCCCUCUUCAACUCCCGCGCCUGCCAGCUGGUGCUGGGCGCGGGGGCCAUGGCCUCCGCCGGCCUGCGCAGCAUCACCGCGCGCCACUUGGCGCUGGCCGCGCGCUCCUUCGUGGGCAUCAUGCGCGAGCGGGUGGAGGCAAACCUGGCGGGCCUGGGCGAGAGCCUGAGGACCGCGGCGUCCGGGGGCGGGUGGCCAAACGGCGAGGGCAGCGUCGGUGUGCCGCGUGCCUCUGCCGGGGACAAUGUAGGAGGCCCCUCAGACAGCAACAAGGGCACCGACACGCCCUCGCUGCGCUGCUUGCCGCCCCCCAGCGCCUUUGCAACGACCACCGCCCGCCAGUUGGCGAUCCUGAGCGGCGUGCUGGGCCCGCUGCUCAGCGCGCGCCAGCUGGACGCCGUGUUCGGCCGCGUGGAAAGCGACGCGCGCGAGCUGCUGGCGUGCCUGGGGGCGCUGCCCGUCGACCCGGUCGCCCUGGAUCAAGCCCUGGAGCCGCUACGGGGCUGGGUGGACUGGCAGUUUGUCACCAAGCCGCGCCUGGCCGCGGAGCAGGCGCAGCAGGCGGAGCAAAGGUCGCCGGCGGAGCAAAGGUCGCCGGCGGGCACAAGGGGAGGGCAGGAGGGCGGCGGUGCGCCUGGUCAGGCCCUGUCAGAGGAGGCCAAUGACUUACAGGAGGCCAACGAGCCAGAGGAGGGGAGGCCUGGCGCCUCCGAUGAGACGUCAGUGCCUGCUCCGGAGGGGGACCAAGAGGACAAUGACCUGUCCUCCCCGUAUCCGAGCAGCAGCGGUGAGGCGGGUGAGGACGAGCGGCAGGACGAAGACGAAGGGCAGCCACCGGUCAAAGAAGAGAAACCUGGGCAAGACAGCCCCACUGCUGACGGUGUGGAGGGCACGACUUCUGACCGCGAACCGGACGCAUCCGUGGCGCCGACCAGCAAAGCAGGAGAGCAGGCUCGAUAA